AUGGCUCGCUAUUUCGGCUGUUUCUGCGAGAAAGAUGACGCCGAUUCUGAUAUGAACAUUCCUCCCCAGUUUCACCGGCCCAGCCACGAUAAGAACGCGAGACAUGUGAACAGGAUCGCAUCCCCAGCGAAACUUGUAGCCCUUGAAAAAAGAGACAAUACUCUGAAUGCUCAAGAUGCGUCCCAUGGGCAUGAUGAUGGCGAGCGACAGGGCGAGAUAGCACCCGACCAAGAGCUCUUACUUGGUCCAAAAUUGACAGUCGAAUCCCUAGAGUGCGUCCACUCCACGUCCCAAAGCAAUAGCCAGAAUCAUGAAGAGGCCCAAUCCAGGAAAGGAAGUCAACUCGACCGAAGAGACCUUUGGGAAGUGGCAAAGGAAAGGCUGGAAGAGGAUUACACCAAGUGGCUGAAACCUGAAGAAUCUCCACCAACGAUGGAAGUCAUCGGGAGGAUCCAAGAAGAAGCAAAGGGAAAUUACAAGCAACUCGAGACCGAAGCAAUCCAGGGUCAUGAGAAGAAGCAAAAAAAUUCUGAUGCACGUGAGAAAUUCAAGAAUAUGCUCGGCUUCGCUUUGCAAGCCCAAGACUUGAUCGGAAAAGUCUUGACCUUUGAUCCCACUGGUUAUGCAUCGAUUGCAUGGUCGAUAGUAUCAUUUGGAUUGACGCUUCUUCAAAAAGACAUUGAACGACGUGACUCGGUCGUGGCAUCAUCGGAGUUCCUCGCCGUUGUUAUCGCCUACCAUACUUUAGUUGAGCACAAUUACCUUUCUGAAUAUACGCAGGCCAAUAAAGGCCUGGAGAAUGCUCUUGUUGAGGUUUACGUUGCAAUUCUCAAGUAUGCCGCUGAAGUGGAGAAGACAAGGACCGAAAGCCGCGGACGUCGCCUCGGUCACAGUAUCACUGCUUUGGUUGACGAUCCGUUGGAGGAUCUCAAGGGAACUGUUGAGAAGCAAAAAAAGAAGUUGGAGAGUAUGAUGAGCAUUCUUAAAGAUGAAGUGAUCGCGGACUUGAAAGAAGUCUCCUCGCGAGCUCGCAACAAAGAAGAGCUAGACAUUCUUGAGUGGCUGUCAGCGGUCCAAUAUUCCAAAACUCAAAAUGAGAAACAAAAGAAGCGAUCUCGCGGCACUGGAGAAUGGUUACUUCAGUCGCAAGUGUACACCGAUUGGAAGGCGAAAGCAGGGAGCAUUCUAUGGCUACAUGGUGUUGUGGGUUGUGGGAAAUCAUAUCUUUGCUCCACAAUCAUUCGUGAUAUGGAGCAGCAUUGCAGAGAUACCUUCUGUAAUGUGCUUGCAUACUGGUAUUUUGAUUUUAGUGACGAGAAGACUCGAUACGUUGAGAAUAUGGUGAGGUGUCUUCUCCGUCAGAUUGCGCCCAAUCCGUUGCCAGCCUCCUUACAAGAAUUGUGGAAUCAACAUAGAAUCAACAGAGAGCCAGAUUAUGCACAGCUACUUGAGGUCUUGAACGGCAUAAUAUCAGCCUUAUCCGGUGACCUCUUCAUUGUCUUCGACGCUUUGGAUGAAUGUCCUCAGGAGCCUUUAAGAAAAGAAAGAGAUUCUUUGCUUCAAUUCAUAGAAGACCUGAUCGAGGAACAUGGAAAAAAGCUGCAUCUUCUCGCAACAAGCCGGCCUGAUCCUCAUAUCCAAAAAAAGCUGCAGAGUUGUACAGGUUUCGACCUGGAGGCUAAUCUGGGCGAAGAUGCUCAGACAUAUAUCAAAUUUGAACUGAGACAUGGCAAUUUGAGUAGAUGGAAAGAUGUCAAUCCAACCAUACUUGAAGCAAUCGAAGAAAGACUUCUGGAAUUUCCCGAUAGGCGAUUCCGAUGGGCCGACCUCCAAAUCAAACGACUUGAAAAUUGUCACAAAAAGGUUGAUAUCGAAGAUGCCUUAGCCUCAGUCCCUCACUCGCUUGAAGAGUCAUAUCAGCGUAUUCUGCUCGCGAUUGAUAAAAUGUACCAAGAAGAAGCGCUCAAAAUUCUUACUUGGCUCAGCUUCUCCCUCGCGCCGCUGACACUGGAUGCUGUUCGAACUGUCGCUGGGCUUUCCUUCACUGACAGUGUCGUUGAGAUAUGUACAACAUCGCUCGUCACUCUCAAUGCAGACAAUACCAUUCGCCUAGCUCACUUCUCUGUCAAGGAGUUCUUGAUUUCUGAGCAUGCCCGAACCAAAGUCAGCUUCUUUCAUCUGUCAGCGGAACUCGCGCAUCGAGUUAUAUUGGAAAGAGCGCUUCUUGAAAUCUAUGAAUACAGGGAUUACCGCUUGAAUGAGUUCAACUCUGAAGAUAAGUCACUGCUGAACUAUGCGGCUCGGUUCUGGGAUGGGCAUCUGAAAUUGUCUUCUCGAUGUACACUGGAAGAUCUUCAAGAUACGAUUGAUCAUAUAUUUCUGCAUCGACAAUGCUACUCUAAUUGGAUGCGAUGCAGAGAAUAUCCCUUCUAUACAGUUCCCACAUGGUACAUGACUUUCGAGAGUCUCCCUUCCCCUCUUAUGAUGGCCUCAAGCAUUGGUCUCAUACACACUGCCAAAAGUCUAUUGGAGAUGGGAGAAAAGCCUCACAGGAAUACAGCCGGAGUCAUAAAUGACUGGGAUAGUUGUUCCUUCGUUUGUGCUGCCAGAGAGGGCCAUCUUUCACUCUUGGCUGUUCUGUUAGAGGCUUCAUCGAAGGCAUGUCAUAUAGAAGAAAUUAUGGAGGUGAUUGAUGACUCCAAGGAAGGAGAAACAUCAUUGAAAAUGGUUCUUGCCAAGCUUCAGAAAUUGGGAGAGCUAGAGUACCUAAAUCCCGAUGGAACUGUCCAAAUCAAGGAUCUCGUCGGAGAAUACGCGGCGAAAAAUAAAAAGUGCGGAUCUUCCCUACUCAGGCUGCUCCUUUUCAAAGAUGGGCCAAGGCUAAAGUUCCACCUGGAUUCGAUUUUCUGGGGCGCAGCAACAAGCCCUCAUGCUGAGAAAAUCCUAAGAAUGGUGCUUGAAUGGCUUGAUAGAGCGGUUGGGCCAUUGGAAGGCGGGCUUUUCUUGCUAGCAAGAGUUACGACUAACCUAGAAGUGGCGAGGCUAUGGUUCCGAAUCAUCUUACGACCAGGCUUUUGGGAAAACCGUCACCUUGAAACGCUGGUCAAAAGUCUAACCCUCGAUCUCAUGGAAGUCUUUCUUGAGAUUUAUGGGCAAAAGAUCGUGAUUACAGAUCAACUUUUGGUUGCGGCCGCCAGUAAUUGGCGGGAUGCCAGGAUUCUUGGGGUUUUCCUCAAAGACAAAGACCAUGAGAUAACAAUAGGGUAUGGAUUAUUCCUUAAAGCUCUUGAAAACUGGGAUCAAGGAUUUUCAAUCUUCCAGACCCUGCUGGAUAGCUGCGGCCCAGAUUGCUUGAUAGACGAAAACACCCUGUCGCAAACCAUGAUUAUUUGGCCCCAGGAGGCAAAUCGGAGCCUGAUAACAAUUCUUCGUCGACAGCAGGCCGGUUUCGUUUCAGAAGAACUCCUGUUGAAAAUCGCUCGGCGAAAGAAUUUAAAAUCAUUACAGCUGCUGGUUGCGAUUGGUGGCCCGAAUACGUCGAUCACAGAGAAAGUGUUGUGUGGAGCAUUAGAAAACUUUUCAGAGCAGGUCACAACCCCAGAGCUGGGAUCUCUCAUUGAGUUUAUACUUGGCUGUCUUGGGCCUGAGUAUGUUGUGACUGAGGAUGUAUUAUGUGUCGCAGCUCAAAAUUGGCUUAUGAGCCCAAGUACAAUGUCUAUACUUCUAGACCGUGCAUCCAGUUCCGGUAUACCAAAAAGUGUUUUCGCUCACGCAUUUGCCAAUCCUCUCAUCUUUCAAGUUCUUCUCGACCGGACUCGAGAUGAGCCACCCGUCCCGGAAAUCAUUCAGAAGAUAGCAACUGAUCACUUUGAUGGUGGGGAAGUUAUUGAAAUUCUUCUUCACCGAGGUCUCGUUUCUGUUGAUGAGCAGCUUGUCGAAGUACUCGCGGGAAAUAGGGGGGCUUUGGAAGUGGUCUUGACCCACGUCCCAGAGGUCCAAGUUACCCACAAGGCAUUUGAAAAUGCCAAAAGAUUUAGUAGCAAGCACGCACUUCUCAAGCUCCGAAACCUGGAUUUUUCGGUUUCUGAGGACUUGGUCAAAAGCAUCUUCUCCUAUCCAGAUGCCUCCUACUUUCCAGUCAUGGCGCAAGACUUGAUGCUGCUUCUCGCUCGCUUGGAUUCCAAAGUUCCUAUCACUGAAGAGAUCCUUUUGGUUGCAGCUAACUCGCCUUCGUAUUCUGGCAGCAUCAUUCGUAUUCUGUUAGAUGAAAAGCGUCCUUUGAACUUCCAGCUAGUUUGGGAGCGUCUUUGGCAAACUCGCUGUAUAUUCAGCGAGGAAGUGUCGGACAUUCUACUGGAAUAUACCAGUGUGGAGAUUUCCAAAGGCAUGCUUGAGGGUAUUACAAGUUCCGACAACUCGAUAAAAGACCGAAACUCACUUGACGAUCAAGGGGUAUUCGAACUUGCAAGAUCUUCAUUUAACAUUCGAGACGACAAAUUAUACAACGAACAUGACUUCUUGGCCCGACUUGUCUGGUUCUUGGUGGAGCGCAACUUCCCGAUCCCUCAAGAUGUUAUGGGCAUCAUCAUGGAGAAAGGACACUUCAAAACAAUACUUGCCAUUCUCAACCACAAUCUGCAUAUCAAAAUCACCAAUGAAGUACUCAAUGCCGCAAGAAAAAACCCCGAUUUCUACGAUCUCACAUGGCUUCUUCACAUGUUGCCGCAAGCACCUGGCUCUGGAAAUCUCGAUCUUAUCAGUCGUUGGCCCCAGGCUACGAGGAAAUGCCAUUUGCCCAGUUGUUGGGUGGUUCAUUCUUCAGAAGAGCGCGAAGAGCGCCGUGACUCGUUAUGGGUAGACCACCUGUCCGGGCCAUCUGGCUACUGGACAGUUUGA